GGCGGCGGCGGGUGGCGGGCACGCGCCUAGGGCGCGCGCGCCACCCCUCUCGCCUCCACCCAACUCCCCCAUUAGUGCACGAGUUUACCUCUAGAGGUCAUCAGGCAGGAUUUACGACUGGACAACAAAAGCACGUGAUUCGAAGUCGUACCCCAUAUUUGGGUGCCUACGUAGGAGGGAACCAAGUACAUGUCCCAGUCAUUUCCAUAAUUCAUCAUAAAUUGUGCAAGGGUGCUAUAGACGCACAAACGACCGCGAGCCACAAAUCAAGCACACAUAUCAAAAAACAAAUGAGCUCUUAUUUUGUAAACUCAUUUUGCGGUCGCUAUCCAAAUGGCCCGGACUACCAGUUGCAUAAUUAUGGAGAUCAUAGUUCCGUGAGCGAGCAAUUCAGGGACUCGGCGAGCAUGCACUCCGGCAGGUACGGCUACGGCUACAAUGGCAUGGAUCUCAGCGUCGGCCGCUCAGGCUCCGGCCACUUUGGCUCCGGGGAGCGCGCCCGCAGCUACGCGGCCGGCGCCAGCGCGGCGCCUGCCGAGCCCAGGUACAGCCAGCCGGCCACGUCCACGCACUCGCCUCCGCCCGACCCGCUGCCCUGCUCCGCCGUGGCCCCCUCGCCCGGCAGCGACAGCCACCACGGCGGGAAAAACUCCCUGGGCAACUCCAGCGGCGCCUCGGCCAACGCCGGCAGCACCCACAUCAGCAGCAGAGAGGGGGUUGGCACGGCGUCCGGAGCCGAGGAGGACGCCCCCGCCAGCAGCGAGCAGGCGAGCGCGCAGAGCGAGCCGAGCCCGGCGCCGCCCGCCCAACCCCAGAUCUACCCCUGGAUGCGCAAGCUGCACAUAAGUCAUGACAACAUAGGCGGCCCGGAAGGCAAAAGGGCCCGGACGGCCUACACGCGCUACCAGACCCUGGAGCUGGAGAAGGAGUUCCACUUCAACCGCUACCUGACCCGCCGAAGAAGGAUUGAAAUAGCACAUGCUCUUUGCCUCUCCGAGAGACAAAUUAAAAUCUGGUUCCAAAACCGGAGAAUGAAGUGGAAAAAAGAUAAUAAGCUGAAAAGCAUGAGCAUGGCGGCGGCGGGAGGGGCCUUCCGCCCCUGAGUAUUUGAGCGUUUAAAGUACUGAGCAGUAUUAGCGGAUCCCGCGUAGUGUCAGUACUAAGGUGACUUUCUGAAACUCCCUUGUGUUCCUUCUGUGAAGAAGCCCUGUUCUCGUUGCCCUAAUUCAUCUUUUAAUCAUGAGCCUGUUUAUUGCCAUUAUAGCGCCUGUAUAAGUAGAUCUGCUUUCUGUUCAUCUCUUUGUCCUGAAUGGCUUUGUCUUGAAAAAAAAAAAAAAUAGAUGUUUUAACUUAUUUAUAUGAAGCAAGCUGUGUUACUUGAAGUAACUAUAACAAAAAAGAGAAAAAAAAACACACAAAAAUGUCCCCCUUCAACCUCGUUUAGUGCCAAUGUUGUGUGUUGCACUCCAGUUGUUUAACUGUGCAUGUGAGUGGAAGUGUUCCUGUCUCAAUAGCUCCAAGCUGUUAAAGAUAUUUUUAUUCAAACUACCUAUAUUCCUUGUGUAAUUAAUGCUGUUGUAGAGGUGACUUGAUGAGACACAACUUAACUUGUUUGACGUGUAGUGACUAGUGGCUCUGUGACGAAAACUGUGACUCCGAGCGGUGUGUCCCUGCGUGCCUUUGUAGGACCCUU